AUGGAGUCCCUUCAGCAUAUCACACCCACUGCAGACUUUGUGGAUAAUCUGAUCCAGCAGUUGGCUGAAUUCCAAUCGCUUACUCAAAAACUUGACCCGCCAAGGACGCAAUCGGGACAGGAGAGGGAACGACAGAACCCACUCUCGGGACUUUCGGCAUCACAGCUGACAAGAGUAAAGCCACUGAUGCUUACAUUACAUUGUUUAUUCCCCAAUGACCUGCUCCCAGCCCUUGAUAUCCUGGAUCGCAGGCUCGUGCAGCGCUUGGUGCGCGAGGACAAAACGGGAGCAGUGCCUGAACACGACCACGAAUUGGCCGAACACCAGGAUAUGGAGCAAACAGAAACAUCAUACAGUAGACCUGAUUCCCCGGAAGAUAUCUUCUUCGUUAUCUCUGCCUCUACUGCCCCUCCACCGGGUGCUCCAUCUAGAUUCCUCACGCAGGAACAGAUAAAAGGCUACGAGGUCCGCUUGCGUGCGUGGGCUUGUACCUGUCCUACCUUCACCCUAUCGGCAUUUCGCGACAUUCAACCUAGAAUAGAUGUCUCCGCAGGGACUUCUGGCACGGUGCUGCGAGAUCAUGGACCUGGCUGCUAUCCAUUUGGUGGGACUCUCACCUGUGUCACAGACAGGGGUUCACCCCCGGUUUGCAAGCAUAUUUUAGCUUGUAUUCUGUUUGCUCGAUGUCCUGGGCUAUUUGGGGUUAGCGGAGAUGGCAGGCACCCGGUUGCUAUUGAAGAAUUGGCGGGCUGGUGCGCUGGUUGGGGAGGAUGA